CCCCCAUGGGGCUCAAUUUUCGUCAUAGCCAAACCAUAGUGUUCUCUCAACCAUCACAACUCACAUUGCUCGAUCUGUGUCAUUGUUUGGCAUUUGAAGUUGACAUAUACUUACCCAUAUAGCUUAAUUUUUCUUCACGUCACUGCAAUUAAUGGAGAGAGUAAAGAGAAUGGUGUCUGAAAGGCCACUAGUGAUCUUCACUAGAAGCUCUUGCCCCAUGUCCCACACCCUCAUAACCCUCUUUAGGAACUUCGGCGCUGACCCGGCCAUUCACGAGCUCGAUCAAAUGCCCAGAGGUCGAGAAAUCGAGCUGGCUCUGUCGAAUUUUGGUUACAAUACGGUGCCGGUAGUGUUCAUCGGUGGUGAAUUGGCUGGAGGAGCUAAUGAGAUCACUAGUCUUCACCUCGACGGGACCUUAGUCCCAUGGCUUAAGCGGGCGGGAGUUAUUUGGUUUUGAUGCUACUCUGCUAAUUACUCUAAAACAAAAAAAGAGUUUCUUUUUUAGAACUGUAACUCACAAAAUAAAUAACUGUGUUUUACUAGUCACAUACAGUGACAUUAGGUACGUUCUCAACCAUCAUAUAGAGCUAGCCUAGCCUACUGUAGUUCUAAUGACAGUACUACUGAAUAAUGUAUGCUAGGCUGUUUUUUGUAAUAUGAAGUAAUAUAUAUAAUCUCCUUAGAGAUUUUGCUAGUAAUAAAGAUCAGCUUACAAUGAUUAAA